AGAGCCGCCUGCGGGGACGCGCCGGCCGCGGCCGCCGCCGAGUGAGCGCCCUUCGGGCUCGCCUGGGUGCCCCACUGCUGCCGCCAGCACAGGAGGGAGCCGCUUCCCGCGAGGCCGCUGCGCUCUCUGUGAGGUUUAAAUGUGACACUGGAUGUUUAGUUCUCCUUCUAAGCUCUCUUGAUCCACCAAGCCACAAAGCCAUAAUGUGGCAAAGCAUCCUUUUUGAGAGGUGAAUAUUACUGCAUAAAAAUGGCUGACAGAGGUGGAAAGAUUGUUCCAGGACAAGUGUAUAUUGAAGUGGAGUACGAUUAUGAAUAUGAAGCAAAGGACAGAAAGAUUGUGAUAAAACAAGGAGAGCGAUACAUCUUGGUGAAGAAGACCAACGAUGACUGGUGGCAGGUCAAGCCAGACGAGAAUUCCAAAGCAUUUUAUGUGCCCGCCCAGUAUGUUAAGGAGGUCGGCCGUAAAGCUCUGAUGCCACCUGUUAAACAGGCUGCGGGGCUGCCUAAUAAUUCUGUGAAGAUGAUGCAGAGCCUCCACCUGCAGAGAUCAACAGAAAAUGUGAACAAAUUGCCUGAGCUUUCAAGUUUUGGAAAGCCCUCGGCGGCUGUUCAAGGAUCAGGUCUUAUCCGUGAUGCCAAUCAGAAUUUUGGACCCAGUUACAUUCCAGGUCAGACCCACAACCUCAGCCUGGACCUGACCCAUAAUAACGGAAAGUUCAACAGUGACUCACAUUCUCCUAAAGUUCCUGGCCAGAAUAGGACGCGCUUAUUCGGUCACUUUCCCGGCCCAGAGUUCUUGGACAUAGAGAAAACCAGCUUCUCCCAGGAACAGUCUUGUGACUCAGCAGGAGAAGGCUCCGAGCGCAUCCAGCAGGAUUCUGAGUCUGGCGAUGAACUCAGCAGCAGCUCCACUGAGCAGAUAAGGGCGACAACACCUCCAAACCAAGGGCGGCCGGAUUCUCCCGUCUACGCUAACCUGCAAGAACUGAAAAUCUCCCAGUCUGCUCUCCCUCCACUACCUGGAAGCCCAGCAAUUCAGAUUAAUGGUGAAUGGGAGACUCAUAAAGAUAGUUCAGGGCGUUGUUAUUACUACAACAGAGGAACGCAGGAGAGGACCUGGAAACCCCCUCGUUCGACUCGGGAUACAAACAUAAGCAAAGGCGAUUUCCAGAGCCCAGGAGAUCAAGAGCUGCUUUCAUCAGAAGAAAACUACCAGAGCAUUUGUUACAGCCAGUCAGAUAGUCAGUGUGGUUCUCCUCCAAGGGGUUGGUCAGAAGAGCUGGAUGAACGUGGGCAUACCUUAUAUACCAGUGACUAUACUAAUGAAAAGUGGCUCAAGCAUGUUGACGAUCAAGGUAGACAAUAUUACUACAGUGCAGAUGGAUCUCGGUCAGAAUGGGAAUUGCCAAAGUAUAAUGCCUCAUCUCAGCAGCAAAGAGAAAUAAUUAAAAGUAGGAGUCUGGACAGGCGGCUGCAAGAACCGAUAGUGUUAACAAAGUGGAGACAUAGCACCAUUGUGUUGGACACCAAUGACAAGGAAUCUCCAACUGCCUCAAAACCCUGCUAUCCUGAAAAUGAGUCUUCUCCCUCUUCACCAAAGCACCAAGAUACAGUCAGUAUGAUAGCACCCCUGCUGCCUCUUCUCCACUCGCCCUGUUUCCACGGAGUCUUGCCUGUCUUUCCCACAUUUACUCAGGGCCAAGAGAAAUAUGGAUUAUUAAAUGUAACAAAAAUUUCUGAAAAUGGGAAAAAGGUUCGAAAGAACUGGUUGUCCUCUUGGGCCGUGUUGCAGGGUUCUUCUUUACUCUUUACCAAAACUCAAGGAAGUAGCACAAGUUGGUUUGGGAGUAAUCAGUCCAAACCAGAGUUCACAGUGGACCUCAGAGGGGCAACAAUUGAGAUGGCAUCAAAGGAUAAAUCCAGCAAGAAGAACGUAUUUGAGCUGAAAACCCGUCAAGGAACAGAACUGCUGAUUCAGUCUGAUAAUGACACUGUUAUUAAUGAUUGGUUUAAAGUUCUUAGUAGUACUAUCAGUAACCAGGUGGUAGAACCUGAUGAAGCAAUUGAAGAGGAGACACCAGACUCACCAGGAAUAGAAAAGCACGAUAGAGAAAAGGACCAUAAGGACCUGAAGAAAUUUCGUUCCACAAAAGUAUCUAGCAUAGAUUCUUCAGAACAGAAAAAAACCAAGAAAAACUUAAAGAAGUUUCUUACACGACGCCCCACUUUGCAAGCUGUUCGUGAAAAAGGUUAUAUUAAAGAUCAGGUAUUUGGAGCCAAUCUUGCUAAUCUGUGUCAGAGAGAGAAUAGCACAGUGCCAAAAUUCGUGAAGUUGUGCAUUGAACAUGUUGAAGAAUAUGGGUUGGACAUUGAUGGGAUAUACAGAGUCAGUGGCAACCUUGCAGUGAUCCAGAAGCUGAGAUUUGCAGUCAAUCAUGAUGAGAAGUUGGACUUGAAUGAUAGUAAAUGGGAAGAUAUUCACGUCAUCACUGGAGCGCUCAAGAUGUUUUUCCGAGAAUUACCAGAACCUCUCUUUACAUUUAAUCAUUUUAAUGAUUUUGUGAAUGCAAUUAAACAAGAACCAAGACAGCGUGUCUCUGCUGUGAAGGACCUCAUCAGACAGCUGCCAAAGCCCAAUCAGGACACGAUGCAGAUUCUGUUCAGACAUCUCAAAAGAGUGAUAGAAAAUGGCGAAAGGAACCGCAUGACCUACCAGAGUAUAGCGAUUGUUUUUGGUCCCACUCUGUUAAAGCCAGAGAAGGAGACUGGUAACAUAGCGGUUCAUACUGUCUACCAAAAUCAGAUUGUGGAAUUAAUUCUUCUGGAAAUAAAUUCCAUCUUCGGACGUUGACUCUUACUGAAGACAACCUGUGGACUAGAAGCCGGAUUUCAUCAGCUUUCAGAUCCUUAGACGUGACGUAUUUUAUUUUUGGACCAAGCAGUGACUCUGAUUUUGCACUUUUUUGAGGGAUCAGAAGGGAAUGGGAGAGUCCAGAUGGAUGUGUGUUAGGCCCUCAUAUUUGCUGCUUUGUUGCGAGUUGAUAGAACUGUGUGUACUUUUGAAUUAAUUUUCUCCUGAAUGUUUUGCAUUUCAUACUCUGAAUUUCAGCAAAAUUCCAAACUUGCAAUUCUCACCAGUCAUAUACACUGGAGAAUUUGGUAAGAAUACUAGAUUUUUUUUUUUUUCUUUCCCCUCUUCAAACUGGAAAAUAUAGAGUUUCUAUAUUGGAUAGGUUCAUCACCCAUUGGAAGAGGACUCACUAUCAGUUCUUUUGAAAACGCUUCUGGGCAUUUUAAGCAACAUGAAGUAUCUCUGUUUUGAAACCUGUGUAUUUCUUUUUCAGGGUGUCUGCAUGCAGUGGCAUUGUAAGUGCUAGGACCCCUGAUAACCCAGGCGUGAGCCCUCGGUGAAGGCUUGCUGCCCUUUGCCGUGUCUCCUUCCUGAAUAUCUUAGUUGCUUGUUUGGGCAGCACACUAAUUAAUAGUACUGAAAACACUGUGAUAAACUGGAGUUUAAUUUAGCAUAUAGCCAGUGCAGGGUAUCUGGGGGCUGUCCGUGCUACCCUGACUCGUAGCUAACAAUCCUAAUUAUACCUAGUGCCAUACUGACUUCUUGGUAAUGACCCUGUGGAAACCAACGUGAUUUGAUGUAAAUACAGGCUCAAGACUCACCGUCCUCCAGCUUCUGUAUAUAAUUGUGUUGUAUAGUCUCAGAGUACAUUCUAACCCUCCGUGUCUAAUCACGGUAUCGGUAAUCUUCUCUGUGAAUCUUAGGUUUCCUCCAGAAAUAGGCCGUUAUUUGAGAAAGUUGUCGGUGUGCACUUUCAGACUUUAAUUACAUUUCCAGGCAAAUCACUGUAAUGCAAAUGGUACUGGAAAAAUAACUGAAUAGACUUGCUAAAUGGUAAAUGCACUACAAGAGGAACCUUUUAGAUUAUUUAAUAUGUACAGAAUACAUUAGAAAAAAAUUUAUUACAGAAUUCUAACUCUGCAGUCUGAAUAGUGGAAAACCCUAUGUAAAUCAGAUGGCUGUCAGAUCGAAAAUGACUUUGCUAAAUUUGAGAAUUUCUUUUUACAUGACUAAUGUAGAGUGGUUUGUAUAAUAAAACAGGGUUUGGCAGGUUUUGUUACAGAGAGCAUGGUCUGCUGAAGAUUUUUUAAAAUGUAUUUUUCUAGAUUAACUGCUGUAUAUGAAAUGUCUAAUCUGAAUAAAGAAAACUAUAAGAGGUUUAGAGAUUUU